UAAAUCUCAAGUCUUCCAUCACCACCACCACCACCACCAACAACAACAACAACAACACCAUUUCAAUCGAUUCAAAAUUAUUGAUUGAUAAUGAUAGAAAAAUGUGUCAAUCACUGCCCACAUCCACAUCAUCAUCAUCAUCAUCAUCACAGCCAAUCAUUGAACAAUUAAAAUCCUUUUGGCCAUCCCCAUUAUCAUCAUCAUCAUCAUCAUCAUUAAUAUCAUCGACCAUUAUAAUCAUUUAUAUUGUCAUCAUUUUAAUAAGCAUAAUUUGUUUUUCAAAUUCAUUGAAUGGUGAUUUUGUUCAUGAUGAUAUACCGGCUAUUGUUAAAAAUGAUGAUGUACAUGGUACAACAACAAUAUGGCAAUUAUUUAAUAAUGAUUUUUGGGGCAGACCAAUGUCCGAUACUGAAUCACAUAAAUCUUAUCGUCCGAUAACAACUUUUACAUUCAGACUAAAUAUGAUGAUAUCAACACAACCAUUUGGUUUUCAUUUGAUCAAUUUAUUUCUACAUAUAAUUGUUAGCCUAUUGGUUUUUAUUAUUGGUCAUCGAAUUCUUUUAUUUGAUAUUCACAUUGCCACUAUUGCUGGUUUAUUGUUUGCCAUACAUCCAAUUCAUACUGAAGCUAUUGUUAGUAUUGUUGGUCGUGCUGAUUUACUUUGUGCAUUAUUCUAUUUGUUGGCAUUUUUAUCAUUUCAUUUAUCAUUACCACCAUUACGCAAUCAUCAAUCGUCAUCUACCUCAUCAUCAUCAUCAUCAACAUUAUCUUUAUUAUGGCUAAUACCAUUUGUUUUAUCAACAACAAUGGCCUUAUUAUCAAAAGAAAUUGGUAUCACUAUAAUUGGUGUUUGUGCCUUUUAUUGGUUAUGUUAUAUGUUAAUUGCUUUUAAAUAUUAUCAUUAUCAAUGGCUAUAUUUUUUUGAUCGACAAUUCUGGAUACCAAUUAUUACAACAAUAUUGAGCUUUUUCAUAUUAAUGAUUAUUCGUUUGCGAAUGUUGGGUGAUAAUUGGCCUUUAUUUUCCGAACAGGAUAAUCCUACAUCAUAUUCACGUUCAAUGCUUACAAGAAUAUUAACUUAUUGCUAUAUAUCUGCCUAUAAUAUUCGAUUAUUAUUGAAUCCAACUAAUCAAUCAUAUGAUUGGCAAACAAGUACAAUACGUUUGAUCAAUUCAUUGAAUGAUCAACGUAAUUUAUGGACAUUAACAAUAUUGAUCAUGUCUAUAUUAUUAUUAUAUUGUUCAAUAACUAAAUUAUUAUGGUCCAAUCAUCAUUCACAUCAUCCGAUUGAAACUAGUAUCCAAUUGGCAGGAAAUGGAAAAAUUUCCGCAAAUAAUAAUGAUGAUGAUGGUAAAACAUUAUUCAUAGCAAUCAUAAUGUUGAUUAUACCAUAUUUGCCUGCAAGCAAUCUAUUCAUUACAGUUGGUUUUGUUAUUGCUGAACGAUUGCUUUAUGUUCCAAGCAUCGGUUUCAUUUUUAUCAUUUGCUACGGUAUUCAACAAUUACGACGACAAUUCCAUAAAUAUCAUCGUUAUAUAAAUCUAAUGAUAUUAAUAUUGAUGGCCGUUUUUUUAAUCAAAACUUUCAAACAAAAUCAAGUAUGGUCAUCAAGAGAAACAUUGUAUAAAUCUGGCAUUAUAAAUGUACCCGAAAAUGCUAAAGCCCAUUAUAAUUAUGGCAAUUUACAACAAGAUUUAGGAAAUUGGAAUGAUGCCAUCGAACAUUAUCAGACAGCUAUCAGAUUAUGGCCUGAUCAUGCAAGUGCACAUAAUAAUCUUGGUGCAUUAUAUUGGAAAAUAUCAUCACCGGAUCUUGCUGAACAACAUUUUCAACAAGCAUUGAUUAUUAAUCCAUAUCAUGCAAAAGCAUAUUUUAAUUUGGCCAAAGUAUAUAGUAAACGUGGUCAAACAAACGAAGCAAUACGAUUAAUGGAACAUUCCAUUUGUUUGGAUAGAAAAUUUGCUGAAUCAUAUGAAGCAUUAGCUGAAUUAUAUUCAAAAAUUGGUUAUGAAUUAAUAGCUGAACGUUUUUAUUAUCGUGCAAUACAUUUACGACGUAAAAAUGCAGAUUUUUAUAAUAAUUUUGGUACAUUUUUACAACGUACUGGACGAUUGAUUGGUGCGGAAAAAAAUUAUUUAUAUGCAAUACGUUUAAAACCCGAACAUCAAAUUGCAAUAAUUAAUAUGGCCAAUUUAUUAACAUUGAUGAAACAAUUUGAUCGUGCUGAAUAUUUUUAUAAAAGAGCAAUCAAAUUACGACAAGAUGCUAUUACAUUAGAUUCAUUGGGUACAUUAUAUUUACAUCGUUCAAAAUUACAAUUAGCCAAUCGUAUUUAUCAAAAACUUUUUCAUACAAAAUCAUCAUUUAAUGAACAAUCAAAUCAAUCGAUUGAAAAUCAUCAAACAACAACAAUUCAACAACAAAUGACAAUCAAUCAUCAUCAUCAUCAAAAUCAACGACAUAUUCCAUCAAUAAAUAUGGCCAAUAUUCAUUAUGCACAGUUACUUAUAAUGGAAAAAAAAUUUGAUCAAGCUCAAGUGAUACUUGAAACAUUAAUAAACAAAAUGAUGAAAGAUACUGAUGAUAAAGCUGAAAAGCAAAAUUCUGAAAAACAAUCGAUUGAAAAGAAUGGGCAAUUGUCAACAACAACAACAACAUUGAUUCUAGAUGUUUAUCAUCAAUUAGCAUUAUUAUUUACAAUGACUAAUCGUACUGAAAAGGCUCUUGAAUCCAUUGGAAAAGCAUUGAAUUCAUGUCCAAAUCAUUUUGAUUCUUCAACAACAACAACAGCAACUACUGCUACUAAUAAUAAUAUUGUAAUCAAUAAAAUUCUUAAUCAUUGUGCACAAAUUUGGACAUUAAAAGGUGAUAUACAAAAAGAUCAAUUUCAUACAAAUCGUUCGAAAGCAAUCAAAAGCUAUCAAAUGGCAAUUAAAUUAGAUCAUUGUCAAUCACGUGCACAUUUACAUUUAGCUGUGAUAUAUCAUUUAGAACAGAAAUUUAAUCAAGCAAUGUUUCAUUAUUUACAAGCUAAACAAUUUGAUUAUUAUUCAAUAAAUCAACAAUUAAUUGAUGAUAAUAUUCGUAAACUUGAUAAUCAUUUUGAUCGAAAACAUUAUCAACAACAUCAAACCAUCAAUGAUGAAGACAAAUUUAAUCCACAAAUACAAUGUCGAUGGCAAACAACAUCAUCGAUGUUCAUCAAUAUUCAUUCAUCAAAUACGAUUAAUGAUAAUGGUAAUCAAUCGAAUGAUCAACAUCAUAAUCAACAAUAUUUAUCAAAUAUAAUGAUGGCUGCAACUGAACCACCGGAUAUAAUUUAUGGUAGUCAAACAUCAUCAUUAUCAUCAUCAUCAUUUUGAUCAGAUCGAAUCGGAUCGCAUUGAUUUUUGUUGUAAAAAAUUACUAUUUUUUUCUGAUUUUUGA